UUAUAACAAACCACCAUCAAUUAUAUAUUCUGUCUGGGUGGUUGGAAUUUUGCAUUUUUUUCAACCCUAAUUAAGAUAUAUAUUUAUUAUCUCUCUCGAUCAAUAUGUCUGAUUCUGGGGGUACUUUUCCGGCAGCUGAUGCAGAAAUCGAGUUGAAUCCUGAAAACAAUAAGGAGUUUCAAGUUGAUUCCGUUCCUUCAAAACUAUCCUCCAAUGCCGAGAAUAAGGAGAGAGAAGAGGCAGCUAAGAAGGCAAAAGAAAAAGAGAGAAAGGAUGCAGCAAUGCAGACAUUGAAGACAACCAUCAUCGUCUCCGCGGUGGUCGUGGCGGUUGCCGGCACCAUCUUUGCCAUUACCAAGAAACUCAGAGAGAAAUGAAACCCCUUCACAACACUCACAGAUAUGAUUUCAGUGUGUCCAAACACACCCUCCCUCUGCUAUCUUCAAUUACCUUCCUUUUAUUUUAUUUUAUACUCCAUAGAAUAUGAU